AUGACCGGAGACGCGCGCGGGGACUCCAUCGACGGUGAUGCGAGCGGAGAUGGGCGACGAGGCAAUACCGGACGAAUGGUGCGUGUACACGUGUCGUGCGACGAUGAUCCGUUCUUUUAUCACGCGAUGGAGGUGCGAGAGGAGGAUUACGGAAAGCUUCGCGCCGAGCAGCGUUUGGUGGUAAACUUUGACGAAUUCCCGCGAGCCUUGGUGCGGUUGAUCAAGGCGUGCGAUCGAGGCAGUGGCGCGAAGAACGUCUACGCGGUGUUGGACGUACCGAAAACGAAUGAUUCCGCGGCUUCGAGCACGCUGUCCAUCGUGGAGACGAAUGAGUUUAAUCAGUUUACGCACGUGGCGUUGAAAUUCAAACCGGCGUCGGAUCGAGCGGCGAAACGCAUAUUGGCGGGUCUCCUGUUGGACGCGCGCGAGCGCGAGCGUGAGCUCAAACGCUUCGAGACACUCUACCGCGAGUCUCAAGACGCCCUGGAAGUCGCACGCGCGAAGUCAAUCGAGUCGCAGAUGAAGUACGCCGAGGCCUCUGCGACUGGUAAGCGAGAAAUUUUAGACGAACUCGAGCGCGCGAGGGAGCGUUACGAGACCGAUAAGCGAGAGCUUCGCAAGCGCAUCGACGACACGAACGCAGAAAAGGGUGAGAUUGAGCGCGAAAAGUUCGCGGCGCAGAACAAGGUGAGCGAGCUCGGAACCAAGCUCGGGUUGCUCGAGGGCGAGUUGUCCAUCACAAAGCGCGAGCUCCAGCGCGUUCGCGAGGAGAACGCCGCGCUCGACGCCGAGGUGCACGAGCGCGAUAAGGCGCACAGCUCUCGCGCUUUGCGUGUUGAAUGGCUCGAGAAGCAACUCGAGGACAAGGAGGAGGUGAUUCAGCUCUUCAAAUCUAGACUCGACGCGAGCGAGGAGCACAAGGUGGCGCUCGCGAGCUCGUGGGAGCAAGCGCGACAGUCGCUCGGCAAGGCGGAGGAGCGCCUUGCAGCGAGCGCGGCGGAGAUCACGAAAGGAAACGAAAUAAUCGAGACGCUUCAGAGCGAGACGCGCGCGGCGAAGAGUAAGGCGAAGAUCCAGGCCGCGGUGAUCAAGCGCCAAGAGGCGCUCCUCGAGGAACGCCUCACGAGCGUGGAAUCCGCCGCGGGCGAGCGCGCCGAGCACUCGCUCGAGACUCGCGAGCUCGAGGACCGCAUCCGCGCCCUGACGGACGAAAAAGCCGAGCUGAACACUAAACUCGCCGAGUCCCACGCGUUACUCCAGAGUAACCAACAAGUGAUCGAGUGGUUGAACUCGGAGCUCAACGCCGCCGCGCUCGGGCGCGCGGUCACACCGCGCCCCGCGCGCGACCCCCCGCGGUCGCCCUUGAUCGACUUAUCCUCACCCCCCCCCGCGGCGUGA